GCUUGAUGGAUGAUUGGAAAGAAAAAAAAGAGUUGGUUUGAAAAAAGGUUUAGUCUCAAAAGGGAGUGCCAGUGCACAAAUCCACUUUCAUAUAUUACCUGACAGAGCCCACAUGCCUAUAUAGAGAGGUCCUUCCCACCAUAGCCAUAGACCCACCACCCACAUUACAUUGUCCACAUGGAUUUUGUAAGAAGAUUAUUUUAUUUAUUUAAAAAAAAAAAUUAAUAAAAUAAUUAAGUGCUUCCCUUUAUAAAUAUUUCAUUUCCCUCUAAAACUUGCUUCCCUGUUAUUUUUCCAAGAGAACCCAAAAGCAAUACACACCACUUCUUGAAUCUUUUUAAAAGGAGUUGCCUUUAUUUCAUCAAACAAUCAUUUGAAUGUUGCUUUCUUGUGCUUAAAGGAACACCUGCAAAUAAAUUGGAGCAACAAGAAAUCAUUAAAGAAGAAAUCAAGAAAAGAGAGCACUAUUUUUAAUUUUACUCUGUUUUUGGUAUUAAGGAAAGAAACAGAGAUAACCUGCAAAGACAAUGUCUUCUCUGACAGACGAGAAACGGGAUCUGCGUAAGCAGAUUGGAUGCAUGAAUGGAAUAUUCCAACUCUUCGACCGUCACCAUUUCCUCACCGGCCGUCGUAUUAGCAGCCAUAGCCAAAAAAGGCUGCUUCAAGGUCCACAACACCAACUCGAGCCUCAACUCGGAACGAAAGGUUUCACGGAAAAGGGAACUGAUGUGCACAAGGAGAAACCGAGAAUCUCCACCGAAUCAUCCCGCGCGUCCUACUCAUCUUCGUCAUGUUCGUCCACAUUCUCGUCACUCGAUUUCAACAGAUUAGUAGCUCAAACCGAAUCACUCUCGCUCAGACAGAUCAACAUUUCCGAAACCCCAUUUCAGCAAAUCGCAAAAGAACAGAAACAGCCAUUUCGAGAUGUAGUGAAGGAGUCAAUGCACAGAGAAGCCCGAGUCCUUCCCAUCAAAUCCACGUCCAACAACGAACAACGAGGCGUCGUAAUGAAGCACAUCGACUCGCCAAGGCCCUCCCCACAGCCCAAAUCGGUAAAGCAGCCCAAAGAUGAUGACAGGCUGGCGCUUCCACGUUUCUCUUACGAUGGGAGAGAAUCUCGGGAGGGGUAUAAGUCGGCCAUGAAGCAAAAAGAACUGCCGAGAUUUUCGUUGGACAGCAAAGCGAGUUCAAUGAAGUGUUCGUCUAUGGAGUCGAGAUUGAAUUUUUCCUUUAAUCAAGAAUCUGGGAUCCAUAAUCGAACUUCAAGUGUUGUGGCGAAGCUAAUGGGCUUGGAGAUUUUCCCCGAUACAAUUUCCUCAGAAGAGAGUAGAACUCCCUCGAAAAAGCCGUUCCCCAAAGAAGAAGCAUAUUCCCCACGUGUUUCACAAAGUAGUGCCACGUCAGCCUCGCCAAGAAAACCAACUGCGUGUACGAGGUUUCCAAUCGAACCAGCUCCAUGGAGUCAACAAGAUUCUCCGAAAAAGUCUUCGCACAGUAAGAGACCUCCGAUGAGUACCACCCCACAUCAAUCUUCUUCGGUCUACGGUCAAAUCGAGAAGAGGAUAACGGAGCUCGAAUUCAAAAGAUCGGGAAAAGAUCUUAGAGCUCUUAAGCAGAUACUCGAAUCGAUGCAGAAAACAAGAACGCAUUUGGAAAACCAAUUAAAAAGCUCUUCUGCUACGAUCAUAAAACCAGCCAAAGUGAUGGACACAGUCAAAUUUCCAGUUACCAAUCGGGUCGAAAAUUCAGCUCACAGGAAAAAGGCGAACGAUCUCCCACAAAAGAGAAGUAUUCAAAAAGAACCCAAUUUUCAGAAUCUUCCUUCUGCCGACAGGAAGUAUACUUGGAGAAACGGAGAAUCAGAUAGAACACCUCAAAUAAGGAGUCCAAGAUUACAACAGAAGCUACUCAAGAUAGAAGAACAAUCCCGUCCGACCACCCCAUCAUCAGACUCGGGCCGGGCCAAGAAGCACUGCAAUAAGAAAAUUACUGAAAAGGGUCAACAGAACAGCAAACACAGAGUAAAAGUAAAGGACAGGCAGUUAAGUGAUGACCAAUUAAGUGAUCUUAGUAGUGAGACGAGAUACUCGAGUUGCCACGGCGACACAGCUUCUGUAAAAUCAGAAAGCAACAACAGCCUAUUCUCACAGAAAGAAACAGAGGUGACGAGUGCUGGACGAAAAGAGAAUUCCGUGCCGACAACUAGAGAAAACAUGCCAGCAGUUCGAAUUGCGGUAACCAUUUUGGAACAGCCGAGUCCAAUAUCAGUUCUUGAUGAUACAUUUUACUCCGAAGAUUCACCGUCUCCAAUAAAGAAGAUAUCAUCAGCUUUUCGAGAAGAUGAGAGUCCUAAUCUUGACGAAGCAGAAUGGCAUCUUACGAAUCUAACUCGUUUAACCAACUGCAAAAGAUCCAAUAACGGCAGCAGUUACAAUCUGAAGUUAGAAAACGCGAAAAACUUUGCCCACGAGCUUCCAUUAUUGGACACUGAACCCGACGAAACCACUGCAAAUCAAAACGCAAUAGCACAAGUGAGCCUCAACCCAAACCACAGAUACAUAAACAAGAUACUACUAACAUCGGGACUCCUCAAAGACUCGAGUUUCAUCUCAACAUCCGAUAAGCUCCUUUCAUCAAACCAUCUGAUCAACCCUGAUAUGUUCCAUGUACUCGAACAAACAGAGGAAAACAUUGAAAAGAAUGACAAGACGAAUUCGAAUAAGAAAAUCGAAAGAAAAAUCGUUUUCGAUAUGGUGGACGAGAUACUGGUUCGCAAAAUCACUUCGGGCAGAUUGUUUACAAUGGUCAAGAAAAGAACAAGCCCACAGGGGCUGCUAAAAGAAGUGUACUCGGAAAUCGACCGUCUCUGCACGGUACAAGAUUGCGAUCUCGAUAACGAGGAAGAUGAAAUGAUCAGACAAUUAAAUGCAGAUAUAAAGUACGAGUCGGAAGAUUGGGCCGACUACAGCGGCGAGUUACCGGGUCUGGUUUUGGACAUCGAAAGGCUGAUAUUCAAAGACAUGAUCAACGAGGUUGUUACGGGUGAAGUUAUGGGUGUUCAUGAUUGGCCGAAGAGGCAUUGCAGGAAACUUUUUAGCAAGUAGUAUUUGGUGUUUUUUUUUUAUUUAGCCUGCCUAUUUGUUUUUUUUGCGUAUGCAUGAUUAUUCAUAGCUUGGUAUGUAAAAUACAAUGUAAGAUGAAACGUGUACAUAGAGCAAUAUAUAAUAUAACUAAUUUAGGAUUGAGAACGAAGCAAUUCA